UACAGUUCCUUGAAUCUCUUCAGGAGGUAGUGUCGAGUGGCAGUCGCUGCAAACGUCGUCAUCUCUUGUUUUUUUUCCUUUAUUUCGCCCUCAAGUCGUCAUGUUUCGCUACGCCUGCCUCACAUUGUCGUUGCUUUUGAUGGUCGGAAUCCACCAGUCAUGCAGCGUACAGGUGAAUGUGAUGAAUUCAGACCAAAAGUUGUGUCUGUAUGCUCAACUGAUGGUAAAUUUUACUGUCACAUAUGAAGUGAUUGGAAAAGUGAACAACACCAUUACAUUUAUACUUCCCGAUAAAGUGAACUCUACUGGCAGCACCUGCAGCAGUGACACCUCCACUAUGAAGCUUGAGUUUGGUGAAGGGCACACGUGGGCUGUCAAUUUCACCAGAGACAACAAAACCUACAAGGCAGACAGCAUUGUUUUCAUCUACAAUUUAAAUGAUUCCAACAUCUUCAAAAAUUCUUCUUCAAAUAACACAGUUAAGGUUUCCUUCCUCCCAAAAAUGGAUGAAGUAGGCAUUGAUACCUAUUACUCCUGCAGGAGUAAUGUGAACCUCACUGCAGAUUUGGUCACACAGACCCUGUGGAACGUAUCCCUGCAGGCGUUUAUACCCAAUGGGACUUUGAGCAACAAUGCAACCAUUUGUGCCGCUGAUAUUCCCACCACUACAACAGCGCCUACUACUACGCCAGCGCCUACUACUACGCCAGCACCGACACCAGCACCACAGCCCAGUGUUGGUGACUACAAUGUCACUGAGAACAACACGGUCUGUCUGAUGGCCACACUCGGACUGCAAGUGCACUACAUGGAUGAUUCGGCAUUGCAGGUCAUUAACCUUGACCCUAACAAAACAAUCUCUGAUGGAAAGUGCCAGGGCAACAGCAGCGAGGCCUCACUCUAUUUGAAAUCCGAAAAAGUGUCAGUUUUGUUCAAUUUUAUGGAGGACGGAAAGAAGUUUAUGUUGCAUGCUGUGACCGUCAAUGUGACAAAGGGCAAUGUCACCGUAAACUUCUCCAACAAAAAUAUGUCUCUGUGGGAGACCUGGCUUGGCAGCUCCUACAUGUGCAACAAGCAGCAGACCUUCAAUGUAACAGAGUCCUGUGCCAUUGUCACCUACAAGUUGCAAGUGCAGCCCUUUAACGUGAAAGAAAACAAAUUCUCGACAGCUCAUGAGUGUUCUGUGGAUGACAGCAGCAUCUUAAUCCCAAUCGUUGUUGGUGCAGCCCUGGCUGGCUUGAUUGUCAUUGUGCUGAUUGCUUACGUGAUUGGUAGACGGAAGACCUACGUCGGAUAUCAGACCCUCUGAUCCACUCGAUCAUUUCAUUCAACAGACUGACCUUUUUGUUUUUUCCUGUCUGAGGGAGCAAGUGCAAGUUCUGUUUCCUAUUUGUGCACACGUACAAUGAGCGCGCGCACACAAAAAGCAGCAAAAAUUGGAUGAACAGUAAAUCUGUCACUUUUCAUAAUUUGUGAAGUCCUAUGAAAUGUUUUGAGUAAAAGUUUCAUACUUUGCACUUUUUUGUCUUAGACUCACUGCUAUAGCUUGCUGUAGUGCUGAUUCAGUUUGGAGACAACAUCUUAAGGGACUGGCAGCUACUAAACCACCUGUUGCCACCUAAAAAGAAAUUGGCUAAAUGGGUAUCCAUAUGUGUCCUGGCCUGCUUUACAGCCUUUUGUCUUUUUUUUGGAGAGGCCAUGGUCGAAGACGGUUAAGCCAAUUGGUAAUAUAUGCUGUUUGCUAGCUCUCUCAUGCUGGCAUUGACUGGAGUAAUAUCAAUAGAGUACUAGCGUGGGGGUAUUGUGGAAUUUGCACUUGCUUCCCCAUACAACAUUCCUUUAUUUCCAUCCCAUUCUUUGUGUUGUGUUCAUAAAUUUGUUGUAUACCUCCUGCCCAGCUCUUUUCUUUUGUGCCCCAGAUUACCCUAUGGCACCAGCUUUUGGAUGUUUGGCUUAAUUCAGUUGCUGGCACAAAAGCAUUUCAAUCUGCUUUAGUUUCCUGCUCCAUCUGUAUGAGCAGCAACUGCUUUUUGAUGGAGUGGGAACAUUUAAAAAAAAAAAAACAAAAAAAGAGUUCAAUUAAUUGUGGAGGUUCAUGGGUUUCCUUUUAAAUUUGUGUUUGCCACAAAAGUUACUGGGCUUGCAGUUCGAUGCUGGUGUCACUGGGGUGCUCUAGUCUGGGUACUUGUGUGGAGUUCCUGGAGGGCCACAAUGGUGUUUAGGCAGAUUAAUCUCCAAUGAUGCAACUUUUUGAAUAACUGAUAUCUUGAUUCAGUGCAUUGGAAGAAUACGGCUGUGCGCACGCUGAAUUCCUACAAAAUAAGUGAAACGAAACUACCAGUUUUGUCCAGUCCAACCUGUGGCAGGGGUUGUGAAUGGAAAAUCAUCAUAAGGUAUAACCCUCCAGGAAUUAUGUGCAGUAUGUCCUCUCCACCACAAAACACCAGUUUGUGAGAUUGUGAUGGAGAGACAAGUGCAACACACUGCUAGAGUUGAGUGAUCUCAAAAACAAAGCUUGAGACUUUUAAUUUCUUCUCUCUCUUAGUGAUAAUGCAGUAGCCUUUAAAAGGGAUAGCUUUAAUGAUCAGCAGAGAAUAACAGCUUGCUUGUAAAUUACUGUAAUUUUUGCCCAAGUGUUAGUUCUGUAUAACAAAAAGAAGUGGCACUAAAAGCCCUGUUUGCUUCAGCAGUUGUCUGCAUUUUAGACCUGUGGCUGCUCUUUGUGGGUACUGGAUUAGCCCAUUUUGUUAGUGGUGGAUUUGACAGUAAGUGAAAGUCAAGUAGAGAUAGCCUUUGUAUAUCAGAGAGGGGGAGAGAGAGAAAAGAUCUUUAACAUGCACAUGUAUAUAUUUGUAAUGUUUGGGGCAGAUGUGGUAAUUGGAUUGUUCUUUGUUUUCCAUUUAUGUUGUAUAGUACUGUAGUUUGAUUUGCAUUGUGUGCAUUGACAUUUCCACCUUCAUUUCAUCAUGUGGCUGUUUGAAAACAUAAUGGCUUUUGCACCUUUUAAAAUGUUUCAUUUUGCAUUUCGUUUAAGAAAAAGUAUAUGCUGUCUUCUUAUUGAAGUUAAAUAGUGACUAACUUUCCCUCCAUUUCCCACCCAAUAAAAGCCCCAGUUGAAUUGCUUCUCUUUCUGCUAGCUCAAAAAAAAAAUUUUUAUUAUAUUAUAAAGACUGGGAAAGAACUGAAUCUAACCUGACAGAAUGGCUGUUCUUUGAGCAGUUGCUGCUCAGUUUCUUCCUCUGACAGUUUUAAAACACGUGUUGAAAUUGUGAUUUACAAAUGUUAAUGAUUUUUCCAUGCAGUGGGAACUGUUGCUUUGUCAGUCUUUCUGUAGUCAUGAGUUCAGGUCGAUAAUUAACUAUUUUAUAUGUUUGCCACUUCCAGAAAUUACAAAGGUCAAAGGUUGUGCACUUCUGCACCUUUUACACACUGUGCCUAGCCUUGUGCUCUGAAAAGGGAAUUUGUUCUGUCAACAAAGAAUCAUUGGGUGGUGGUUUUUUUUUUUUUUUGAAACUCAUUAAUAAAAUGGAUGGAUCAGUUCUGUUAUGUGACCAUUCAAAAGAAAUAUGAAAUUUGAUCUUAAAUGGUUUUUAUAGUUAUAAUAAACAAGGCUGAAUAAUCCAUGUUUGUG